GGCCCGGAAUUCACAUCACUGAUUCAAACUAAUCUAUUCUGUGGUUCCGACGAUCGGCGUGGGUUUGGUGGAUGUGGCGUGGAUGUUAAAUUUAUUUAUUGGCAUGAAAAUUGUAUGAAAUUGAUUAUUACGAUUAAUCGUUGUAAAGAAAACGCUGCAAUCAUGUUGGUGCUGUUCGAGACGUCGGCAGGUUACGCGAUAUUCAAGAUUCUAGAUGAAAACAAACUCGCUCAGUCAGAAGAUCUUCACAAGGACUUUGAGACUCCUGAAGCUGCCAGUAGAUUACUUAAAUUAAAAUACUUUCACAAGUUUGAGGACACCACCGAAGCAUUAUGUGCCGCUACGGCGCUUGUAAACAGCAAGUUAUCCAAAUCUUUGAAGAAAACGCUCAGAAACUGCUGCAUCGAGGCCCAUGAACAGCUGGCGGUAGCCGAUGCCAAACUAGGCUGUGCCAUCAAGGAUAAGUUGCAGUUAUCCUGUGUAAGCAAUACGGCAGUGCAGGAGUUGAUGAGAUGCAUCAGAAGUCAAUUGGAUAGUUUGAUAAGUGGGGUGACCGAGAAGGAGAGGACGGCCAUGACGCUGGGUCUGGCGCACAGUCUUUCCAGAUACAAACUCAAGUUCUCACCCGACAAGGUCGAUACUAUGGUUAUACAGGCAGUGUGUUUGCUGGAUGAUCUGGAUAAGGAGCUCAACAACUAUAUAAUGCGAGCACGCGAAUGGUACGGCUGGCACUUUCCUGAGCUAGGCAAAAUCGUAACUGACAAUCUUCAGUACAUAAAGACGAUGCAUAUACUUGGCCAACGAGAGAACGCUAUCAAAUGUGAUCUGUCAGAUAUUCUGACAGAGGAAGUCGAGGAGAGAGUGAAGGAAGCCGCGGAAACCUCAAUGGGCUCAGAGAUCUCGGAAUACGAUGCUGAACACAUGCAAUGCUUAUGUGUUGAGAUACUUGAGCUUCAUCAAUACCGAUCCCAGCUGUGCGAUUAUCUGAAGACUAGGAUGAUGGCAUUAGCGCCAAACCUCACAGUUCUCGUCGGCGAUUUGAUUGGUGCACGUCUAAUAUCUAAGGCUGGUUCUCUGACAAGUCUUGCUAAACAUCCAGCAUCUACUUUACAAAUUCUCGGUGCAGAGAAGGCACUGUUCCGUGCUCUUAAAUCAAAGAAGAACACACCCAAGUAUGGUUUAAUCUACCAUUCACAACUUGUCGGACAAUCCUCAAACAAAAAUAAGGGUAAAAUAUCCAGAAUGUUGGCAGCAAAAGCAUCUUUAGCAACAAGAGUUGAUGCUUUGGGAGAUACUGCAAGCUUCGAACUUGGUGCGGAGCACAAAGUGAAAUUGGAGGCACGAUUAAGAAUGCUUGAAGAAGGAAAUAUCCGUCGGAUAAGUGGCACUGCCAAAGCAAAGGCUAAAUUUGAAAAAUAUCAAGUUAAGAACGAAUACAUGCAGUAUUCAACAUCUAUAGACUCAACACUGACGACUAAGAAGAGGCCAUUAAUUGAAGAGAUUGAAACACAAGAAAGCGAGGAAAUGCCUAAAAAGAAGAAAAAGAAAUACAGCACAAGUUCUGAACAAAUCAAGGAGGAAAUGAAGGAAGAAGAAUCGCAAACGGAAAUAGAAUCGAUUACUAUACCGAAGAAAAAGAAGAAACAUAGUCUAGAACAUAAUAUAGAACAAGGAGAAUUUUCUGGUACUCAAAAAAUAGAAUCCGAUAUUCCGAAAAAGAAGAAAAAACACAAAUUAGAAUCCAAAACAGAAGACAUUGCAGAAACAUCUGAUAUCAAAGAAGAAGCGCAAGCUGAAGCGGAUUCAGAUAUCAUAUCGAAGAAAAAAAAGAAGAAAAAGAAAGAAUCAAUUGAACUUGAAGAAGCAGCAUCUAUAAAAAGUGAGGAAAAAUAUGAAACAGUAUCUGUAAAAAGUCAAGAAACAUUUGAAGGAGAUGUUUCAGUUGAAGCUGGAAUAAGUGAAGAAAAGAAGAAAAAGAAAAAGAAAAAGGAAAAAGAAAGCGAGGAGCUGCAACAAACAAUAGUAUCUGCUGAAGAGGUGGAGGAACCAGUUUCAAGCGAGAAAAAGAAAAAGAAAAAAAAGAAAUCAAAGCAAAAUUAAACUUGUAUAGGAUAUGCAAAGAGAUAAAGCCGUAGCAUAAACUUUUGCGUAACACAUAAGACAUAAGAUGCUUCUUCUUUGAUACUAGAAGUUUCUGAUAUAUCUUCUGUUUUUGAUUCUAAUUUGUAUUCUUUUUUUCCGAAAUAUUGAUUUUUAUUUAUGCAGAAAAAAGGCAUAAGAAAAUCAACCACAAUUAAAAUCCUUCAUUUCA